UGGGAUCGGGAUGCGGCUAUUUAUAUACAAUAUGUUUUUGGGGGGGGGUGACUGGAGAUUUGCAAUGUCGUGCUCCGUUUGUCAGUCGCUGUCCAUGGUGCUGUCGGUGCCGCAGGCUGAUCAAUAAGCCCAGCACCACCGUCCCUGUCUGUCCCUGUCUCUGUCCCACACCGGGCGUCUGUAACUGUAACCAUCUACUGUACCAGGGCUAACAACUUCAAGUCGCGAGUGCUGGCUUGAUGGAGCCGCGACACGGCUGCUGAUUUCAGGCGAUUAUCGCUGGACGUGGCGGCGGGCCGUGCAUCUUUGGACAGCAGCGUGCGCCAGGGUGUUGCAGCGAUACCAGGCGUUUGAUUUAAGACUCUAGAUUUUGCUUCGGAAACAGCGCCCUGUUUGCUUGAUCAGCGACACUGUUAGAUUCAGCCGUGGAACAUGGACGAUGUUUACCCUCACCCUAUCUGUAGCACCAUUUUAUGCACGAGGCUAGACGUUAAUCUCCAAGGUGCACGAUGAAAAGAUGGCGCAAACACAGCUUGCACCACCAGGACCAGACAGCCUCGUGCAUUUCACCCGUGAGUCGCUUGCGGCUAUUGAGAGAUGCAUCGCGGAGGAGAAGGCCAAGAAACCCAAGGACCAACACAGCGACGAUGACGAGAAUGGCCCAAAGCCACACCGUGACUUGGAAGCCGGCAAAUCACUACCAUUUAUUUAUGGUGACUUACCUCGAGGGUUGGUUUCCGAACCUAUGGAAGAUCUGGACUCAUUUUACAGAGCAAAAAAAACUUUUAUAGUAUUGAAUAGAGGGAAGGCCAUCUUCCGAUUUAGUGCCACACCUGCCUUGUACAUUUUAAGUCCUUUCAAUCCUAUAAGGAAGAUAGCUAUUAAGAUUUUGGUACAUUCAUUGUUCAGCAUGCUCAUCAUGUGCACUAUUAUGACCAAUUGUGUGUUUAUGACAAACAAUAGCCCACCAGAAUGGACCAAGAAUGUAGAGUAUACCUUUACUGGUAUAUACACAUUUGAAUCACUUAUAAAAAUCCUUGCAAGGGGCUUCUGUAUCGAUCACUUCACAUUUCUCCGAGAUCCAUGGAAUUGGUUAGACUUCUGUGUCAUUGUCAUGGCAUAUGUGACAGAGUUUGUCGACUUGGGUAAUGUCUCAGCAUUGAGAACAUUCAGGGUUCUCCGAGCAUUGAAAACAAUCUCAGUCAUUCCAGGUCUCAAGACCAUUGUGGGUGCCCUGAUUCAAUCGGUGAAGAAACUGUCUGAUGUGAUGAUUCUGACUGUGUUUUGCUUGAGCGUAUUUGCACUAAUAGGACUACAGCUGUUCAUGGGAAACUUGAAACACAAAUGUGUACAGUGGCCGCCACCGGACUUUGGUUUCAAUGCAAAAAACAGCUCGUCGGGCCUGAAUGGCACCAUGACCAAUGAGACCCAGAACACAUUUGACUUUGAGAGUUACAUCUCAGAUAAAAAUAAUUAUUAUACCUUGAAAGGAUCCUUAGAUGCAUUGCUUUGUGGCAAUGGCUCAGAUGCCGGUCAAUGUCCCGAGGGUUAUAUAUGCAUGAAAGCUGGAAGGAACCCUAACUUCGAUUAUACAAGCUUUGACUCAUUUGGCUGGGCAUUCUUAUCAUUGUUUCGACUAAUGACACAGGACUUUUGGGAAAACCUUUACCAGCUGACCUUGCGGGCCGCUGGAAAAACCUACAUGAUCUUUUUUGUGUUGGUCAUUUUCCUGGGAUCGUUUUACUUGGUCAACUUGAUCCUGGCUGUGGUGGCCAUGGCGUACGAUGAACAGAAUCAGGCCACGCUCGAGGAGGCAGAACAAAAAGAAGCAGAAUUUCAGCGAAUGCUCGAACAACUGAGAAGACAUCAGGAGGAUGCCCAGGCUGCAGCGGCUCUGGCAGAUGAGGUAGAGGAGGGAAGCGAGAGGGUUGGAAUGUGUGAAAUGUCAUACAGUUCCUCUGAGGCAUCGAAGCUCAGUUCAAAGAGCGCCAAGGAGCGGAGAAACAGAAGGAAGAAGCGGAGACAAGGAGGCGAGGAGAAAGAUGAUGAGAAGAUGCACAAAUCGGAAUCAGAAGACAGCGGCAGAAAGGGAAACGGAUUUCGGUUUUCCAUUGAUCGGAACGGCCUUUCGUAUGAAAACAAAAACUCCUCCCCACAUCAGUCGCUGCUCAGUGUCCGCGGCUCCAUCUUCUCUCCCCGACGGAACAGCAGGAGCAGCAUCUUCAGCUUCAAGGGCCGGACGAAGGACGUGGGCUCGGAGAACGAUUUUGCCGACGACGAGCACAGCACGUUCGAGGACAACGAUAGUCGCCGGGGCUCGCUCUUCAUCCCCCGCAUGCAGGGUGAGCGGCGCAGCAGUAAUGUCAGUCAGGGCAGUCGCUGCUCCAGGAUCCUGCCUGUCCUUCCCGUCAAUGGGAAGAAACACAGCUCGGUGGACUGUAACGGAGUGGUCUCACUGGCCGGUGGACUCUCGACACCAACCUCGCCCAUCGGACGCCUACUGCCAGAGGUGAUAAUAGAUAAGCCAUCUACUGAUGAUAAUGGCACCCACACAGAUGCAGAUCAUAAGAAGAGAAGGAUUAGAUCUAAUCAACAUUCCAUGGAUUUUCUGGAUGAACCCACUCCAAGGCAGAGAGCUUUAAGUGUGGCCAGCAUUCUCACAAAUACUAUGGAAGAACUGGAGGAAUCGCGACAGAAAUGUCCGCCCUGUUGGUACAAGUUUGCAAACGACUACUUGAUCUGGGACUGCCAUCCGCAUUGGCUGAAAGUGAAGGAGAUUGUCCACUUGAUUGUGAUGGACCCCUUUGUGGAUCUGGCCAUCACUAUCUGCAUCGUGCUCAACACCCUGUUCAUGGCGAUGGAACAUUACCCCAUGACCAAGAACUUUGAAAAUGUGCUUUCCAAUGGCAACUUGGUAUUUACUGGAAUCUUCACUGGCGAAAUGAUUUUCAAAAUCGUUGCCUUGGAUCCUUAUUACUACUUUCAAGAAGGAUGGAAUAUUUUUGACAGCAUUAUUGUGAGCCUUAGCCUCAUGGAACUGGGUCUUGCAAAUGUGGAAGGAUUAUCUGUGUUGCGAUCUUUCCGCUUGCUCAGAGUUUUUAAACUGGCCAAGUCUUGGCCGACACUGAACAUGUUGAUUAAGAUCAUUGGCAACUCAGUUGGUGCUCUGGGCAACUUGACCUUGGUGUUGGCCAUCAUAGUCUUCAUCUUCGCCGUGGUCGGCAUGCAGCUCUUUGGUAAAAGCUACAAGGAGUUUUACUGUAAAAGCAAGGGCCACUGCAUACUACCGCGCUGGCACAUGAAUGACUUUUUUCAUUCCUUUCUGAUUGUGUUCCGAGUCUUGUGCGGAGAAUGGAUUGAGACAAUGUGGGACUGUAUGGAGGUCGCCGGACAGCCAAUGUGUCUCAUUGUCUUCAUGAUGGUCAUGGUCAUUGGUAACCUCGUGGUAUUGAAUCUAUUUUUGGCCUUGCUAUUGAGCUCGUUCAGUGCCGAUAAUUUAGCGGCUUCUGAUGAUGACAAUGAGAUGAAUAACUUGCAGAUUGUCGUGGGCAGGAUACAGAGGGGCGCGGACUACAUGAAGCGAAACGUGCAGCAAUUAUUUCAGAGAGUCUUCGUCAAGACUAAAGUGACAGAAGAUAUCAAACCUCUCGAUGAAUUACAGAAAAAGAAAGAUAUCCACAUCUCUGACCACACGGCCGUUGAGCUGAGCAAAGAAGUGGACUAUCAUAAAGAUGGGAAUUGCACUACCAGUGGGAUUGGCAGUAGUAUGGGCAAAUACAAUGCUGAUGAAUGUGACAACAUGUCCUUCAUUCACAAUCCAAGUCUGACUGUCACCGUGCCAAUAGCUGUGGGGGAAUCAGACUUUGAAAAUCUAAACACAGAAGACUUUACCAGUGAAUCAGACAUGGAAGGAAGCAAAGAGAAGUUACCUGAUAGCAGCUCAUCGGAAGGGAGCACGGUUGACAUCAGUCCACCUGGGGAGGGAGAGCAGCCAGAGGAAACGCAGGAGGAAUCUACCGAUCCUGAAGCUUGCUUCACAGAAGGGUGUGUAAGAAAAUUCCCAUUAUGCUAUGUCAACAUAUACGAGGGCUCUGGCAAGUCUUGGUGGAACCUCCGAAAGACUUGCUUCAAAAUAGUGGAACACAAUUGGUUUGAGACAUUCAUUAUCUUCAUGAUUCUUCUGAGCAGCGGGGCAUUGGCUUUUGAAGAUAUUUAUAUCGAACAGCGGAAAAACAUCAAAUCAAUUCUUGAAUAUGCAGAUAAAAUCUUCACCUAUAUUUUCAUUCUGGAAAUGUUGUUGAAGUGGGUGGCGUAUGGCUUUGUGAAGUAUUUCACAAAUGCAUGGUGUUGGCUGGAUUUCCUCAUUGUUGAUGUGUCUUUAGUGAGCCUCGUAGCCAAUGCCUUGGGGUAUUCGGACCUUGGGGCCAUUAAGUCCCUCAGAACGCUGAGAGCCUUGAGGCCUUUGAGAGCACUGUCACGCUUUGAAGGCAUGAGGGUGGUUGUCAAUGCUCUCCUUGGUGCCAUCCCUUCCAUCAUGAACGUGCUGCUGGUUUGCCUGAUAUUCUGGCUUAUCUUCAGUAUCAUGGGCGUGAAUCUGUUUGCUGGAAGAUAUUACCGUUGUAUCAACACGACGGACGGGGAACUAUACCCCAUUGAUGUCGUUGACAACAUGACGGAAUGCCUUCAACUUAACGAGAGCGCUCGGUGGAAAAACAUAAAAAUCAACUUUGACAACGUUGGAUUCGGCUACCUUGCUUUACUGCAAGUGGCAACAUUUAAAGGCUGGAUGGAUAUCAUGUAUGCUGCUAUUGACUCAAGAAAAGUGAAACAGCAACCGGACUAUGAAUGCAACCUGUACAUGUAUUUUUACUUUGUUAUUUUCAUCAUUUUUGGAUCUUUCUUCACCUUGAAUCUGUUCAUUGGUGUCAUUAUUGACAACUUCAAUCAACAGAAGAAAAAGUUUGGAGGUCAAGAUAUUUUUAUGACUGAAGAACAGAAGAAAUACUACAAUGCAAUGAAAAAGCUGGGCUCCAAGAAACCGCAGAAACCUAUACCAAGACCCUUGAACAAGAUCCAAGGCACGGUGUUUGAUCUGGUAACCCAACAAGCCUUUGAUAUCAGCAUCAUGAUUCUCAUCUGCCUGAACAUGGUCACCAUGAUGGUAGAAACUGAUGACCAGAGCAAAGAGAUGAGCAACAUCUUGUAUUGGAUCAACUUGAUCUUCAUUGUUCUCUUCACAUGUGAAUGUGUGCUUAAACUGAUCGCCCUUCGAUAUUAUUACUUUACAAUAGGCUGGAAUACUUUUGACUUUGUAGUCGUUAUUCUUUCCAUUGUAGGCAUGUUCUUAGCAAAAAUCAUUGAAAAGUACUUUGUGUCACCGACGUUGUUCCGAGUGAUCCGACUGGCCAGAAUUGGUCGUAUCUUGCGUUUGAUCAAGGGGGCCAAGGGAAUCCGAACACUGCUGUUUGCGUUGAUGAUGUCCCUGCCUGCCUUGUUCAACAUCGGUCUGUUACUUUUCUUGGUCAUGUUCAUUUACGCCAUAUUUGGGAUGUCUAAUUUUGCCUACGUGAAGAAGGAAUCUGGCAUUGACGACAUGUUCAACUUUGAGACCUUUGGAAACAGCAUGAUCUGCCUGUUUCAGAUCACUACAUCCGCUGGUUGGGAUGGAUUAUUGGCUCCGAUUCUCAACAGUGGACCACCAGAUUGCGACCCAAAGAAAGAAAACCCAGGCAGCCCGAUUAAAGGAGACUGCGGCAAUCCCCCUGUCGCAAUCUUAUUCUUUGUUAGUUACAUCAUAAUCUCGUUCUUGAUUGUCAUAAAUAUGUACAUUGCAAUUAUCCUGGAGAAUUUCAGUGUUGCGACAGAGGAGAGUGCCGAACCACUCAGCGAAGAUGACUUUGAGAUGUUUUAUGAAGUUUGGGAGAAGUUUGACGCGGACGCAACUCAAUUUAUGCAGUACGGGCGAUUGCACGACUUUGCAGAUGCCCUGGAGCCACCUCUCCGUGUGGCAAAACCCAACAAAGUACAACUCAUAGCUAUGGACCUGCCCAUGGUUAGCGGAGAUAGAAUUCACUGCCUGGAUAUCUUGUUUGCAUUCACAAAGCGUGUGCUGGGUGAGAGCGGAGAGAUGGACGUUCUACGACAGCAGAUGGAAGAGCGCUUCAUGGCAUCUAAUCCCUCCAAGAUAUCCUACGAGCCGAUUACCACCACUCUGCGACGUAAGCAGGAACAUAUGUCUGCGACUAUAAUUCAGAGAGCUUUCAGGCGGUAUCUGAUUCGGCGAACAUUGAAACGGGCAUCCUUCAUGUUCAAAGAGAAAGGUAAAGCAAGUGAGCUCUUACCCGGCAAAGAAGAGAUGGUGAUAGACAAAUUUAAUGAAAUCUCCACUACAGACAAAACUGACAUGACACCUUCCACCACAUCACCACCAUCCUACGACAGUGUAACAAAGCCAGGGAGGACCAGAGAUGACAAAGAAAAAGAAGACAGAGGCAAAGAUGUAAGGGAGUAUAAAAAGUAAAUGCAGACACGUCAAACAAAAAGGAUCCACUUGUAUGACAUUGUUUACAACCUUUUAAAUGUGACCCUACUGUAUCAACAGACUCCAUUGGAGAUCUAUGCCAAACAAAUGAUUAGUAUGUCAUGAGGUGUCUGACCCUCACCAGGAAACUGGAACUCUGUACAGCGGAGGUCAGCAAGUGGGAACAGGAGCUUACGGUUCCAACUUCCUGUUGACGCCGCGGAUGAGAAAAGUCAAAACAGAAAUGAGACAAAGGGACCAGAAGGUUUUACAUAUUUGUGUGUCAUUUAUUGUGCAAACGGUAGUAUGUUUUAUCUGUAUAUUUUGCAUUCCAGUUGCCACAGUUCCACACAGUUUAUACCUGGCCCACAACAAUUCACACAUUAUUUUAUAAUUCAUAAGUUAUAUAUUAUAUGUGACUAUUUUUCUAAGUGGAGCGGGAGGGCCUUUAUGUUCUUGGGAAAAGAUUUCGAGCACUACUUUUAAGGUAAGCAGAUCACACCAAACGUUUUGGAGAACGUGUUUAACGUGGACAAAAGCUGUAGUGCAUGGUGGCAUGCUGCACUCUCAUCCAUUGUGCAUGAGGAACCAUUACCCCACAGAUCAAACAAGAUAUUUUUUAUCGAUUUAGUGUUUCAGGGUGGUCCUGAUGUCUAAGGUGCUUUAAUAAAUGUGUUGUGUUAUAUUUGGACAGUUCUGAUAUGUGCCUGCUAGUUAUUUAUGACCCGAAACUGAGAGUUGAUGGGUAUUUUUAUGUGGCACAUUUACAAACGACUCUCAGCGGCUGCAAUUUCAGUGUAUGUUCUAAAGUCAAGAUUACUAUUUCUUUCUUUUAUACUGCCAUUGGGUGGAUAGAAACAAGAACACAGAGAAAGGGUCUACCCAACAAAACUGAUUUGACCAAAACUGAACUUUACAAAAACUGCUCUGCUCUAUUGUUUCAGUAUUGUUUCACGAUUGUCAACUCACAAUGAGAUUGACAUUGCACAAGAUGAAUAAAACCCUUUUGUUGUGUAAAUAAUUACUCCACACUGCGGUGCAUAUUUGAACAAGUGAUUAUCUUGGCACGACUGUCACGCUGUCAAAUAUGCUCCACUUUAAGUCUAGUUAGCAAGCUUUUUGCCAGCUGUAUUCCGUACCAUUAUACAUAGUUUGAAUACUGUCUCUGGUGCAUGUUUAUAUAGCAAUGCUGCUGUACACUAUCCUUCCACUGCCCCAUGAGAAGACAUACGUCAGUGCUCACACCUCCUAGUUUGCAGUAAACCAAGAAGCUUUAUUUAUUUUGGGUUUCUAGAUUCAAAUGCAUUCUGUAUGCUGUAUGACCAGAUUCCAUUGCAUAUUGCUUGAAAUGCUCAUACUAAGUGGUUGACUUUUCUAAAGAAAAUAUAAAUAUUGUAAAAAUUCAUUUUAUUUUACUUUUCAGCGUUUGUACAUAUAAAAUGUUAAUGAGAAUGAUUUCAGGUCAGAACUACAGACACUUUUUUUUACAUUGAUCCAUAGCACUUUUUCAUCAAUAAACUUCUUCCCAAAAGAGAGGGCAGAAAUGUUUAGUUUACUUUUUAAUAUGAAUGCACACAUUUUCAGUCUUACAAAAAUUAAUUUGUGCUAAGUUUGGACCACGAUUCACUUCUUCCUGCAAAGUGAUAUCCAGCGAUGAAAUGAGAGUUAAACAUUAUCCAGAGAUAAAGCACUGCCUAUAUUGAAGAGGUCAGGGAGAGAAGCCUUGAACCUUUGAGGUGUCCACUUGGACACAUUUUGUCUUGUGAAAUAAUUCAUGCUGCACUAGAAUGGUUUGAAAAUUAAAAUGGGUCCACGGUUUUCUUUCACAAGAACAAAGUUGAUAUUCUUUAAUCACACCCAGGGUUUUUUUGUGUUUACUUACACAAAAAGAAAUUAAAUGUAAACUCCUUAUAUUAAGCCUAUUGACUUGUAGUGUAUUAGUGAGCUGCAUGCAGGAUAAUGCUAAUAUUACCGUAAAUAAAUGGUAAGACUACAUUACAGAAACAAGCUAACAGAAUAAAUAAUUUUUUUUAUUGUACGUAA